GAAAUAAAACUGUAACAACCAUUUAGAGGAGCGGAGUAUUUUUGUGUAAUUUUAAAAAUUAACUCGCGUAGUAGAGUAAAAAUAGGUAAAAAUAUGCCAGAUGGAUAUUUUGUAUUUUGUAUAAACCAUGUAUUUAAUAAAAACAUGGUAAUAACUAUCGAGAAUUAAGUACUAAUACAUAUUAAUAUACUAAAUCUUGUGGAAAGCAAGAUGGCAGACAUUCCCGCCCUAAAGGAACUUGUAAGAGCUUCAGACCGGUUGAAGAAUCUACCAAAGCCUCCGGCAAAAUUGAGUCAGGUUGAAGGCUAUCAGAAACAGCAGAAGCAGAUUUUUGAAGAGGCGGCAAAUAUCGUGGAAAAUGUUGGAAAGUACGCGGAAUUGAUAUUGAACAAGAUUGACGAGCUUAAGCUUAUGAUUCCUGCACAGAUAAAGACCAUUCAGCAGGCAAUAGAAGACAUAAUGAGGUCAAUUCAAGUUUCUUCAGAACGGGUUUCCUCAUUUCAAAGCAAUGUUACCCCAAGGACAAACGUCCAAGCCAGAUCCGACCAAGUAACUGGACACGUGCAGAGAAAUCAGGCGACUCCUGUUGUCCGAGAUAUGCAGAAUGUGCGAAAUUAUGAUAGCAUCACUCCAAAAAACACUACAGACAAUCACAAUCAGAGCGCAAUCGAUCAAAUGAAGACAAUGCAUGCUUUGGAAGAAGUUGCCAAAGGAAUUGUUCUUGAUCGUCUAAACGAAUUGAUACAUAAUACCGAGAAUAUGCUGGACAAAGUGAAAAAAGGGGGAAACGUUACUCAAAACGACAUGGAUGAUUUGAAAGGAUGUCUCGAUAGUUGGACAAAUGCAAAGCAAAUGAGCCAUGAGACCGAAAAAGAACAAAAGCGACUACAGGAAGAAAACAAACGAGUGAUGGCAGCGGAGUUAAAGAGGCAAGAAGCCGAAAAGAAGUUACAUGAAAAAGAGUGGAAGAAACAGCAAGAUGAUUUAAAAAGGCAGCGCAAAGAGGAAGAACGAAAAGCGCGUUUAGAACAAGAAAGAAAACAAAGGGAAGCAGAUAUGGAAAGGAAAAGAGCGGAUGAAGAAAGAAAAAAACGAAAAGAAGAAGAAUUGCGAAGACAACGAGAGGAAGAGAAAAGAUGGAAGAGGCAAGAAGAAGAAAGACUUGCGCGUUCAGAAAAAGAACACAAACAAAUGGACAAAGAGGAGCUUGAUGAAGCUAGACGUAAAGCCGAACAAGAGCGUAAGCAAAGAGAAAUAGAGAAGAAACGAGCCGCAGAAGAACGCAAAUUAUUAGAGGAACAGAAGCGACUUGAAUCGGAAGUUAGAAAAAGAGAGAAGGAAGAAAAAAUGCGACAAGAAAAGGCCCGACGAAAACAACAAGAAGAAGAAAAAAGAGCACGAGAAGAAGAAGAAAGACGGACAAGAGAAGAUGAAGAAAGACGAAAACGAGAGCAAGAAGAAAAACAACAACGAGAGGAAGAAGAAAGACGAAAACAGAAGGAACAAGAAAUACGACAACGGGAGGAAGAACAAAAACGAAAACAGGAGGAAGAAAAAAAGCGACAACAAGAGGAAGAAGAAAGAAGAAAACGAGACGAAGAAGAAAAACAACAAAGGGAGGAGGAAGAAAGACGAAAACAGGAGGAAGAAAAGUUUCGAAAAAAAGAAGAGAGAAGAAAAAUAGAUGAAGAAGCGGAAAGAAAGAAGAAAGAGGAAGAACAAAUAAGGAAAAGCGAGGAGGAGAAACAACGUAGGCUGAAAGAAGAGGCUGACCUAGAAAGGAAAAGACAGGAAGAUGAGGAAAGGGCAAUACGUUUAGAUCCUAAUAACUGGAAACCAAUAGCAUUCGAACGCCCAUGCGAUGAAGUUGGCGGAAAAAGACCGUUUCACGACGGGAUAUGCUGUAUGGUUACGUCUCCUUUGGAUGGAAUUACAGAAGAUAGUAUACAGUGCACCGCGUCUGACGAGAUUGAUGACAUCAUAGAAAAGCUUGAGGAAGAUGAAAAACCGGCGAGCUCAAUUAUUAAUGUUCAAACAAAAUCGAAAUCAAUUUCAACUGAGUGUCCAUCAAGAGUAUUUCUACCACAUUAUCCGUGCACAAGCUCAUCUGAAGAACUAAUCGUGAAAUACUCCAUUAACGGAAGCGACUGGACGACAUCUGAAGUUGUGAGACCAUCUCAGUGUUUAGAAGAUUACAAAAAGUUUCCAGCCACAAACCUUGUUGGACUGGAAGCAAACGAUUUCGACACGCUAAAGAUGUUUGUUGUAUCAAGACAAAUAGGUCAAAGUGUGACAGUGGAGAAGGAGGGUAUUACUGUUGUUUCCACCACUGACCAAAAUGUGAAACUCAUUAUACCAAGUGAUGCUUUUUCUUCGAGAACCCGUGUUCGGCUAACGGUAGAAAAGAAAGCUUUGGAUAUGGAAACGAAUUGCGGCCUGAUGUCCGAUAAAACAUAUGUUGGACCAAUGGCUACAGUCGUCUGUGAUAACGCUCCUGUCAAAAACAUUGCACUCGAUAUUGAGAAUAUUGCCACUCCUGAGAGUACACGAAAACUACAGCGUGGUAAACGCCAUCAUCUACUCUUGUCACCAAAUAACGGGUGGUCAUUUGCCGAGUGUGAUUACAAGGAGGCUAAUACCGUAGUCGGUUCUAUAAUACUUCCAGCAAACAGAUUAAGAUACACUAUUGUUGAAGUAGAACUUCCAAUUAAUACCCCGAAGGAGAACGCCUUGAAGUUAGCUCAAACGUAUCACGCUCAAAGUCUAGGCACACCUGUGCACGUAGUAUUGAAACAACAGAAAACGAAUCCCGAGAACGCAAAGCUUGUAGUCGUGCAGCCACAUGCUUUGAUGGAGCAACUUGAGCGGCUGAAAAACGAUGGGUUUACUCUAGGACCGGAUCCAAGUAAACUUCUGAGUGUAAGGGAAGGACAGCGACUGUACAUGUCUAGUAGAGGAAACAUCGACAUUUCAGGGGCAGAAAAUGGGACUGUCCGGUAUACUUUCUUUAAAUACAUAAAAGAAGUGAAUGCCAAUGUCAAGCUCAAACCAAGAGACGCAUAUCUACAACGUGAUCUUCCAGAGUACAACGGAAUCCUGCUUAUAAGCGAGGAUAACGAUAGAGAAUUUUCUGAUAAGACAAUUGAGUUCACCGUACAUCUACCUAAGGCUGAUGCUCCCAAAGGUCGCAGAGCUGUGCACAGAAUUAGAUUCCCCUACUAUUUGACGUGCUUGGCCGGAUAUCUAUCGAAAUGCAUCUGCGAGAGCCAAAACGAUAAUUGGCAGGAUAUAGUCAGUUGUUUCAUCGAUAAAAAGCAGCUCCAGUCAUUGAUUCGCGUUGCUAAGAGGCGGGUAAGGGAAAUUGAUCAGCGUACUUUAUGCAGGAAUGUUCUCCAUGACUGGAUGAAACAGACCACGAAACAAGAAGACAAGGUUCAGAUUAUUCUCGAAGGUUUGCAGAUCCAUCAACAUGUUGACAUUCAUAGGCAAUGUGAACAGUUUGUUGUGUUUCAAAAAGGGACAAUGACGGACAGGGCGAUUGCUGACAUCGCAGCGUCUGUAACGAGAUCACCCGAUGAGUUGGCGUCUGUUUUAAACAUUCAACCUGAAGUUUUGCAUACCAUCAAAACAGACUACGAGGGAGUUGAUGUUGUAUUGCAGAUAUUGACGGAGUGGAGAGAAUCGGACGAUGCCAUUAAUCUUGCAAACGGUGCUUUAGAUGAGCUUAAAGGCUUUGUUUGUAGUUAAAUGUAUCGUGUUUUUGUUGCGCAUGCACACGUGAUGGUAUACCGGUAACAUAUUGAAUGAACUUUUAUUAAUGCUUUUAACAGUACGUUCGAGUGAUGAUUAUUGUUUUUUGUAAAUC